UCCAUCGGGAAAACGCCCCCGCCUACUCGCUCACACACGCUUGUUUCUCCCGCCAAAGUGACGUCAGGCCGAGGCUCUCACCAAACAGCGCCCUGAUUGGCGGACAGGCAGGCGCUGCAGCCCAUUGGGCGCCGGCGGCGGCCGAGCAGGGAAAACCAAAGGCCCUUCGGUCUCGCCCGCCCCACCCCCACGGACGCGCGCCCCUCCCCCGGCCAAAGGAAGGGUUGCCCGUCUCCAGCCCUGCACCCCGACCCCCGGCCUCAGGUGCAGUUCCGCAGCCAUCCCCAGACCAGGGCGGGCACUUGGCCUGUUGCUCAGCGCAACCACCCUCGCCCUCCCAAGCCAUGCACAGGGAGACAAGCGUCCGGCACCGGCCCCCCAGGCCUCCCUGCAGCACCCCGUAAUGUAAUACACUGGGGCGGGGGAGGCGGCGGCGGCGGCAACCGCGGAGGCGGCGGCGGCAGCCGCACUGCCCCAAUCUAGACACAUCCAGAAGAGGAGGAAAAUGGCUCCGAGCAGGGACCGCCUGCUGCACUUUGGGUUCAAGGCGACAAUGUUCUCAAAUAGUGAUGAAGCUGUAAUCAAUAAAAAACUUCCCAAAGAACUCCUGUUACGGAUAUUUUCUUUUCUAGAUGUUGUUACCCUGUGCCGCUGUGCUCAGGUCUCCAGGGCCUGGAAUGUUCUGGCUCUGGAUGGCAGUAACUGGCAGCGAAUUGACCUAUUUGAUUUCCAGAGGGAUAUUGAGGGCCGAGUAGUGGAGAAUAUUUCAAAACGAUGUGGGGGCUUUUUACGAAAGUUAAGUCUUCGUGGAUGUCUUGGAGUGGGAGACAAUGCAUUAAGAACCUUUGCACAAAACUGCAGGAACAUUGAAGUACUGAAUCUAAAUGGGUGUACAAAGACAACAGACGCUACAUGUACUAGCCUUAGCAAGUUCUGUUCCAAACUCAGGCACCUUGACUUGGCUUCCUGUACAUCAAUAACAAACAUGUCUCUAAAAGCUCUGAGUGAGGGAUGUCCACUGUUGGAGCAGUUGAACAUUUCCUGGUGUGACCAAGUAACCAAGGAUGGCAUUCAAGCACUAGUGAGGGGCUGUGGGGGUCUCAAGGCCUUAUUCUUAAAAGGCUGCACACAGCUAGAAGAUGAAGCUCUCAAAUACAUAGGUGCACACUGCCCUGAACUGGUGACUUUGAACUUGCAGACUUGCUUGCAAAUCACAGAUGAAGGUCUCAUUACUAUAUGCAGAGGGUGCCAUAAGUUACAAUCCCUUUGUGCCUCUGGCUGCUCCAACAUCACAGAUGCCAUCCUGAAUGCUCUAGGUCAGAACUGCCCACGGCUUAGAAUAUUGGAAGUGGCAAGAUGUUCUCAAUUAACAGAUGUGGGCUUUACCACUCUAGCCAGGAAUUGCCAUGAACUUGAAAAGAUGGACCUGGAAGAGUGUGUUCAGAUAACAGAUAGCACAUUAAUCCAACUUUCUAUACACUGUCCUCGACUUCAAGUAUUGAGUCUGUCUCACUGUGAGCUGAUCACAGAUGAUGGAAUUCGUCACCUGGGGAAUGGGGCCUGUGCCCAUGACCAGCUGGAGGUGAUUGAGCUGGACAACUGCCCACUAAUCACAGAUGCAUCCCUGGAGCACUUGAAGAGCUGUCACAGCCUUGAGCGGAUAGAACUCUAUGACUGCCAGCAAAUCACACGGGCUGGAAUCAAGAGACUCAGGACCCAUUUACCCAAUAUUAAAGUCCACGCCUACUUCGCACCUGUCACUCCACCCCCAUCAGUAGGGGGCAGCAGACAGCGCUUCUGCAGAUGCUGCAUCAUCCUAUGACAAUGGAGGUGGUCAACCUUGGCGAACUGAGUAUUUAAUGACACUUCUAGAGUUACCGUGGAGUCUCUCCAGUGGAAGCAACCCCAGUGUUCUGGGCAAGGGUUACAAAGUGAGGGAGGGCAGUGCCCAGAUACCCAGAGCCACACAUACAUACACAUACACACCCUUACCCCCAUCCACUCUAGCUUUGUGACCAUGGGACUGAAGUUUGUGAUGGCUUUAUCAAGUAGAUUGGUAAAAUUUAACCAUUCCUGUUGAGGUGCCCAUAAGAAAAUCAUAGGCCAAGAUAGGGAGGGGCAUUCCGGCAAACCCAGUGUUAAUGCUACUGUGGUUUUUAAAUUUUUGUCUAGGGGUUUCUUUGGGGAUUCUAGAACAGCAUCUGCUGUCCUCCGGGGUCAAGAAAAGCAUGGAAAGACUAUAUAUGAUGUACCCAGGGACCAGAAAGAAAAUUUCUUUGCAUCUUAGAAAUGGUAGACAUUCAUUGUGACAACAGAGCUUUUAUGCUUCCUUGUUUCCAUGCCAACAUGCUGAGCAUGCUCACAAAGAAGGCUCGUCCAUUCCUCCUGUGUUUUAGUAUUUGGCCCAGAGGUUUCCUAAAUGGUUGCAUUGAAAUCACUGUGGUCCAAAUGUAAUUCUUACACACUCAAAUUAUCACUGUCUGUAGCACACUUGUGCACCUGUCUUCCGUUCUCUGUUGCUCCCCCCCGCACUCUUGCUCAGUCUGUCACCUGUUCAGUCUGCUUACUCACUCAAUUGUUACCCUUUUGCUGUUGUCGUGUUUACAAUUUGCAUUUUGAAUGAUUAGUUGGGAUUACCAAACAUUUUUAAAAAAGAUAUUAUCAAUAAAUAUUUUUUUAAUUCUAAAUUUUACCAUUAGGGGACCCUGCCUGAAUCUUUGCCAACCUGCAAGGAAACUAUAACAAAAGCAAGAAAAGUUAUGAGGAGAAACUGUUUUGAUGAAAACAGAUGCCACCUUUUGGUUUCUAUUUUAUCUUCUGAUAUGUGAUAAUUCGCAUGGUAUCCCCAAUAUUCCCCCUACACAUUUUUCCUUCUGUCACACUCCAGCAACUUUAUCAUAAGGAAAGAGAGAGAUGUAUUAUUAAGAAAGAGUGGAAAUGAUAAAUCACAAAACAGAGCCUGAAAGUCCCCACCACCCAAGUUCAGACAUUAAUGAUUAAUGUUAUUAUAUAUUUACUGAAAUCUAGGAGUGAUCAGUGGCAUCUCUGACCUAUGAGGUUGUUUUAACAGGAAUGCCACUAGAGGAGCUGUGUAUUCUAGCCAGUCUGUUUCUCUCUUUUCCCGCAUUUCAGCCUUUCCAGGGAUACAAGAAUGGCUCUAUAACAGCUGGUCAAUUGUAUGUCAGUGUUAAUGGAUUCAUAUCUAGUGUUGGCACGCCAAAGGGCCAGAACCUUCCCAUAACCUGUCGGUCAUCUCUCUCUUCUGCCCCAGUCUUUUUUUUUUUUUUAAAGACAGGUUCUCACUCUUGCCCAGACUGGAGUGCAGUGGUGCAAUCUCAGCUCACCGCAACCUCCACCUCCCAGGCUCAAGCGAUUCUCCUGCCUCAGCCUCCCGAGUAGCUAAGAUUACAGGCACGCACCACUACUGCCCGGCUAAUUUUUGUAUUUUUAGUAGAGAUGGGGUUUCACAUGUUGGCCAGCCUGGUCUUGAACUCCUGACCUCAAAUGAUCCACCUGCCUCAGCUUCCCAAAGUACUGGGACUACAGGCGUGAGCCACCAUGCCCGGCCCUGCUCCAGACUUCUGAAUGAAGUAUGAUUGUAGCCAGGUGAAGCAUUGAGGCAGCUGAAAGAGAACACUGAGAGGAAGGAGGGGGUUUAGUGUCUCUGCUCAGCAUGGGCACUAGAACUGAGGGAGGAAUUUAGUGUCCAGGACUCAGAGUCCAGGAAGAAGCACCCUCUGUCUCCCCAAAAAAUCAGAGGAUAAAGGAAGUAAAAUGAGUUUUUAAAGCAUAAGAAGAAAAUUUCUAAACCCCAAGAUUAGAAACCCAGUGUGAUUUUUAGUAGUGUGAUUUGGGGGUGGGUCCUUUGAGACAUUGUGCAAUCCAUCAUAAUAUUAAUCUUCUAUAUGAUCCAGACUAUUAAAAGGCUUGUUUUAUUUAUUUAUUUAUUUAUUUAAUUUUUUUAGAGAUGGGGUCUCGCUAUCUUGCCCAGCCUGGACUCAAACUCCUGGGCUCAAGCCUUCCUCCCACCUCAGCCUCCCAAGUAGCUGGGACUACAGGUGUGUGCCACUGUACCCAGCUUAAGAGGUUUGUUUUAAUGCUGCAGUUGCUAAUUAUACCAGCAUAUAUAAGAAUAAAGUCUGAUUUAUUUAUCCAUUGAUUUAGAAGGCAAUUGGUUGAAAGGGUCUUAGAAGUCUAUACUAUCCAUUAAUAUUUAUCAUAUUAAAUUUAUUUUAAAUCCUGUUUUAUCGUGCCCCUUUAAAAGCGCAGAUUACAAAAAAAAAAGCGCAGAUUACUUGUUUAUUCAUUCCCCUUUCCGCUUAUUCUCUCAGAUUACCUUAUAAGGAAUACAGUUUUUAACAUGAAACUCAGUUUCUUGGCUAUACCCCUACACAUAAAAAUACAUACGUGCAUGCACACAUACUUCCAGAUGUGGUUGAUAAUAUUCAGAUCCCUAGGAUACUCAUUCAGACAAAACUAAAGGAGAGAACUAUUUAGGGGCCAUCUGCUUUAAAGUUUAAGGUGUUUUGUUGUUGUUUUAGUGCCUGUACAAAUUGACCAUAAAACCCAGAUUGAUGAGUGAGUGUGGAUUUGAGUUGCCUAAGUUGAGGCUAUUAAGAUACUUCUUUAUUUAAAAGAUAAGUUUAAAAGACCCUAUUCAUCAGUUCAUGACGAUCUUGGAAAUGCUGUUUCUCAAAGGGUAUACCCAUAGGCAGGUCCAUGGGGACAUGCUCUGGUGAUCUCUGCUGUUAAGGCAAAUUCCAGCCUGUUUGUGCCAAGAACAGAGUCAAGUGAGAGAGAAUGAAGACUCAGGGGUUUGCAGCACUGGCUUGUAUGUUGUCAGGCAGAAGCCUUGUUCCUUUUCAAGAAAACUUCAGGCCCAUCAAGCUUGGAAGGAAAUACAUUUUUUUAUGCUGAUUUGCAGCCUAUACCAGCUGAUGAAUAUGCUAGGACUUUGAGAACACAAAGCAUGGUAAGUUUUGGUCAGGUGGAAAGGAGCCUGACAUCUGAACAUAAUGCUUCCUCUCUCAACAUCUGGGAUACUUUUGAGAAUUCAGUAAGGCUUAAUGUAGGAAAAAUUAUUUACAGGAAAAGCUAACUGAUCUGUUUGUCUAACCUCAUAGCCACUCCAAAAUAUGCCUUUUAUAAUGAAAAAAAAAAAAACAGAGUGAACAGAGAGAAGAGAUUUGGGGAUAAGUUAGAAGAUACCCUCAAAGCUACUGCCAUAAACCUAUAGGUGGGCAAGGAAGAAUUACUGUAGUGUCUCUGGAGAAAGUUCUUGAACAUCCAAAUCAUCUCUUUUCUAAGCAGCGUUUCUCCUAAUCUCAUACCUUACAUCUUCCAGCGUCAUUUGCUACAUCAAUGUCUUUUCAUCCUCUUCAGCAGCCCCAUUGAGUUGACUCCAGCUUAUUUUUGCACUGAUUUCCACCAUUUCCUUCCCACACCCAUCCUUUUCCACUAUUUAAUAAUGCUGCUGAUUUACUCUCAGAUGUCUCCAGUCUGGCUUCCUUUUUGGAUCCUUCCCCUACUCCAGGGGCAGCCUUAAGUUCAGUAACUGUCAGGUGGCUCAGGCCAUUUUUCAUUGGAUGGUCUUUGGUGUUUCCAUACUGAAUUUGAAUUGAGUUUAAAAGCAAACUGUUGGAUAUGAGGAAGAAAGGGAUAUGGCCUUAGCCCUUUUUCCAAUAUUUGGAAUAUGAAAGCAUAUUGUGCUUUGUGUAAAAAAUGUUUUCUUCUCCUAUUCUGCUCUUACCUUUACUGAAGGUAAAAGUAUUCCUUAAGUAGCUUUUGCAAAUUUCUAGUCUGAUUUCCACAUUCAUUAAGUUGAUUUAGCAGACACGUAAGUCAGAAGUUUCACAUAUCCCUUGUAUCAAACAUUUUAUAGGGAAACCUAGUAAAUUUAUGAUGCUUCAUUUUGGGCUUUCCAGACUAUUUGAGUUAUUCAAUAUAGCCAUAAAGUUUUAGUAGUGACAUUCUUUUAUUUCUUCUAAUUGCCUUGUAAAAUGCAUUGUUAUGGCCUGGCACGGUGGGUGGAUCACAAGGUCAGGAGUUCAAGAACAGCCUGGCCAAGAUGGUGAAACGCUGUCUCUACUAAAAAUACAAAAAUUAGCCGGAUGUGGUGGCAGGUGCCUGUAAUCUCAGCUACUCGGGAGGCUGAGGCAGAGAAUUGCUUGAACCCAAGAGGUGGAGGUUGCAGUGAGCCAAGAUCAUGCUACUGCACUCCAGCCUGAGCGACAGAGCGAGACUGUCUCAAAAAAAAAAAAAAAAAAGAAAAGAAAAAAAAAAAUGCAUUGUUAGUAGUUUGAUAGCCCACUAAUGUCAUGGGGGACUAAACAAAAUAUGUGAUGAAACCUGUCUUGGUUUGAAGUUGUUAGAAAGUGUGAGAGUGUCACUGGAAAGAGGAGAGUGGCUUCCUGCCUGCUUGUUUAGUCAGCAUGCCCUUAGGUGACUGUGUUGUUGGGAGAAGAACACUCAUGGGUCAUGGUUGACCCCUGGCCAUUUUAUGUUUAUUGUGCUGAAAGUCACAGGCUGCUCAUGCCAAUUGCUACCAGUGAGAGGAGGGGUUUAAAGGAAAUUGCUCUAUUUUGCCUUUUUCCUUCUUAUGUAUAUGAUUUAAGGGUAGGCUUUUAUCCUGGUUGUAUCUUCUGGCUAACAGACUCUCUCAAUCAUAUGUUUGAGCUCUGAAACAUUUUACAAAAAGAUUGCCUCUCUAUCUGCCUGCCAAUCCUAGAAUCUUUAGCCACCUCAAACCCAGGCACUGUGAAUUAGCCAAGUCCUGUUUGAGAAGAAAUGUAGGAUGUUUUGUUGGAAUUCUUGAGACAGAACCUCUCUCCCCAUUAAUGAUGUUGUACCAAAGAAUUCUAAAGCAGUAAAAGGAUAAUGGGGAAAAAUGGAGUGACAGCCUUUCCUCGCCUUUAUUUCUUUUUUUUUUUUUUUUGAGAUGGAGACUCACUCUGUCACCCAAAGUUCACUGCAACCUCUGCCUCCCGGGUUCAAGUGAUUCUUCUGUCUCAGCCUCCCAAGAGGCUGGGAUUACAGGUGCCCACCACCACGCCCAGCUAAUGUUUGUCUUUUUCAUAGAGACGGGGUUUUGCCAUGUUGGCCAGGCUAGUCUCGAACUUCUGACCUCGAGUGGUCCACCUGCCUCGGCCUCCCAAAGUGCUGGGAUUACAGGUGUGAGCCACCGUGCCUGGCCAAUUUCUAUCAUAAAUUUUAAAUGUAAGAUUGGAAGAUACAGAGAGCUGUGUAAAAUCAUACCAGUAGGGUAUAAUUAGCCCAGGUAGUUCAGGAAUAAAAUUGGGUUGUAUCCAAGUGCCCUAACUUGACAUUUUGAUUCUCCAGCAAAGAACAUAGGUUACUAGGUUACUAACCUUGCCUUCUCACUUGGGAUAAACUUUUUUUUUUUUUUCUUGUUGCCCAGGCUGGAGUGCAAUAGUGAGAUCUCAGCUCACCACAACCUCCGCCUCUUGGGUUCAAGCGAUUCUCCUCCCUUAGCCUCCCGAGUAGCUGGAAUUACAGGUAUGUGCCACCACGCCCGGCUAAUUUUGUAUUUUUAGUAGAGACGGGGUUUCACCGUAUUGGUCAGGCUGGUUUCGAACUCCCAACCUCAGGUGAUCUGCCCACCUCAGCCUCCCAACAUGCUAGGAUUACAGGCGUGAGCCACUGCGCCCAGCCCAGGAUAAACAUUCUACCUGCCUGAAAGUUCCAUAAGAGGCAAGUGAGUUUCUUGCAUGAUGGGCUUCUGUAGCUUCCCUCUCAAGUCACAUCUACCCGUUGUAUUUAUUUAUUUAUUUAUUUUUGAGACAGAGUCUCGCUCUGUCGCCGAGGCUGGAGUGCAGUGGCGCGAUCUCAGCUCAUUGCAAGCUCCGCCUCCCAGGUUCAUGCCAUUCUCCUGCCUCAGCCUCCCGAGUAGCUGGGACUACAGGCUCCCGCCACUACGCCCGGCUAAUUUUUUGUAUUUUUGGUAGAGACGGGUUUUCACCGUGUUAGCCAGGAUGGUCUCCAUCUCCUGACCUCGUGAUCCACCCGCCUCGGCCUCCCAAAGUGCUGGGAUUACAGGCGUGAGCCACCACGCCCGGCCCGUUGUAUCUAUUUUUAUUAGACGCAUCAAUUCAGUGUCUCUGAAGCCUUUGAUCUUUAGGAAGGUCAGUACAUAACCUCUCAGGUGAAGCUGAGUUGAUCUUUGGAGCCCAAGACAGUUAAUUUUCAGGAGAAAAAGAAUUAGGGCAAGCUACCCUGUGGGAUGUUAAGAGAAAGUCCAUAUGCGCUUCUUCCAUCUCUGCCUCUUGUUUUUAAAUAAGUGCUUGUGAAGUUCAGUUUACAGAGGUUGAGUCUCGGUGCUUCCUCAGCCAGGGUGGUUUUAUUGCUCUUUUACGAAGAACCAUGAACAAGCAAAAUCCUAUCAAUAGUCUUUUCUGUUUUGUGUUUUAUAGUCUUAUUUUGAAGAAUCGGCAUGGUAAAAUGAUAGACAAGUUUCAAAUAAAGCAGAUAAUUAGCUCUAGAAUUGGGGUACUUUGCCUCAGGUACAGCAUCUGUCCUGAAUACAUAGUGAUGGCUGUGUCACACAUGGGUACAUUUACUUUCCUCUCUGAUGAACUCCACCCCUUUUUACUGGCAAAGAGGGCUCCUACUUUCUACACACUUAACCAGUCAAACAGAUAGGUUUUGGCACCACCGAAAGAACCACAAGUGCACCCCAGCUGCAUAUGGGCGUGGUUUUGGUACUAGGACUAGAGGAAUGAGCAGUAAAUGACAGUCCUCACCCUAGGAAGAGAUGGGGGAAGAGAUGGGAGAAGAGAGGUGUCCAGACAUACUUACCUUUUCUGUCAUGCCCCAAGAACCAAGGAUCAUCUUUGAAGUGAUGUCUUUUUUGUUAAAUUGGAAGAAGAAAACUUUGCAGCCGGGCGUGGUGGCUCACGCCUGUAAUCCCAGCACUUUGGGAAGCUGAGGUGGGCGGAUCACAAGGUGUCAGGAGUUUGAGAACAGCCUGGCCAACGUGGUGAAACCCCAUCUCUACUGAAAAUACAAAAUCCCAGCUACUUGGGAGGCUGAGGCAAGAGAAUCGCUUGAAUCCUGGGGGUGGAUGUUGCAGUGAGCCAAGAUCACGUCACUGCACUCCAGCCUGGGCAACAGAGCGAGACUCCCAUCUCACAAAAAAGAGAAAAGAAAAGAAAACUUUGCUUCACUAAGUUUCCCUUGCCAUUAUCUCAUUAAUUCAGAUCUGUACCACAUUGCUGCUCACACACGUGUGUGUCUCUUACCUUAGCCUGAACCUUCUCAGCCCUUGAAGUCAUUAUUCUACUCUUUUUUUUUUCUUUUCCUUUUUUAUGGCACUAGAGAAUGAAAACCUAAGGUCUUAGAAAAUCUUAACUUGAAAAAGUCGCUAACUGGCAUGAUUUGAUUAAUUACUUUUUUCCCCUGUGGACAAAUAAUUUUCUUUUCUAUAUAAUAGAUUUUUAAUAAGUGAAACCUUUGCUGCUGCUUUCCUGGGUUUACAUUAGUUUUUUCCUGCCCUUAAGAAUAAUUUGUCUGUGCUUCUCUGAUGACUGUUAAUUUCUAAUAGUGCAGGAAGGGAUGAGCUUUUGAUUUCUUCUCACUCCCCUCCUCACCCUACUUCCAAAUUACACACUAACUUCUAACUCUUACAGCCUGUUGGCACAUAUACAAGAUCCACCAGACCGUGCUCCUCAGAAGCUACCCAUGUCCUUUCUCACCAUGGUGUGGCUCUUGGAGCCCUGAGUAUCUGUGACUACCCACUCCAAAGGGUGACUGUAAGAGGAGAGCGGCCUUCUUAAUUUUGCAUUUCUUAAUUUUGUUUUUCUUCAUUCCUGCUUUAUGACUUGGCCUUCAGAUGCUUCCUACUCUGGCUUCCUCCUUUUUUCUCCCAGGAAUUGUUUCCAGGUAACCUGCCAUGUGCACUUCUUAGCUGCUCUGCUCACCUUUGCCCACCUUCCAGUGACCCUGAGAGCACAGAUCCGGAUAAUGUGGCCUGUGCAGAGCUCAGAGAACUGUGAGGACUACCCAUGCCUGUCAGACUCUGCUCAGGGACAGAGAUGGAUGGGUAAAUGGUGCUGUUGGAGACAUUUUUAUCUUCAAACCAGGCUCUGUUUCAUCCCUGCACCCCGCAUCCACACUCACUCCUCUGAGGUGGUAAAAUGCAGAGGUGGUUGACCCGCAGGGUCUGAUCCCCUCCUUCCCAAGCCGUAGGGCCUACCCUGGAGUGCUGCAGUGUGUGAGAGCUGCUGCUUGCUUGUUUCUCCACCAGGCCUGCUCCAAAUGCUUAGCCAAUCUCUGGAGCUGACACAGUUGCCUAGGGGGUGACUUAGCACCAGGUUCCAUUAGCUCUCCAAGUGACUGUUUCCACCCAGUAUUUUUGGCGCUUGAGGAUGCGGGGAGGGGGAUUAUUUAAAAUAAAUAAAAUCCGAGGUGGCAGUAGAGGAUUUCUUUUGCUUUAAAAAUCUUUGGACUAAAAAAAAAAAAAAAAAAAAAAAGUUUUUUAUAUAUAAAUAUAUAAAGUUAAUUGUUAUGUAACUAUUAUUGUUUCCUGUAUGUUCUAAUUUUGUUUUAUGAUGUAAUUAAAGAAAGUAAGCUGUGAA